AUGAUUGAAAAGGAUUUGUUGGGUCAGUCCCAAUGGCCCAGGCCUUGGCCCAUUCCCAGUACCAACUUCCUAGCAAUCCCUAAUACUACCUGCCAGCUCAGUUUGAUUCGUAUCACCACCAACCCGAUCCCAUCCCAUUUCGUUUUCCAGUUCCACUUCUCCUGGUUAUUCGAAGUCCACCUUGAUCUGGUUCCAUCCACUACCCAUCUUCCUCCCUUUAACCCACAUCUGAAACUGCAAAUCUCUUUUCUCCCCAAUCCUUUCAUUGAAACUUUUUUGGAAACCAGUUCCACAAACCUACCCACCAUCAACCUUCCAUACCCGCCAAGCCCCAUUGUUCACAACUCAGUUCCCCUCUUUGCCAUACCCUCUUCUUACCAGAACUUUGCCACGCACCAAUUGUCAUCUAGCCCGCCUCCUACACCUCAGCUAGAAUUUCGUGGGUGCCCUACCAGUGAGAUGACUACUGAACUCCCUCCUUCGUGCAUGCCAGAUAGUCAAGAGAAGGAGUGGAGGUUGGACAAUUUUCCGUUCAAUGUGGAUUUGCUGAUCGACAGAAGCCGAGAAGUGGGGCGAUUGAUCAAGCUGGUUCAUGAGGAUGGAGAGGCGCAAGGAGAACAGAUUGUUGUUAGCAAGGCGAGGCUUAUGCACCAGAGAGGUGAGACCACCUAG